AAAUGUAGGUAGGUCGUUGAUGUAAUAUAACACGAAAUAAUCGAGAAUCCAAAAUGGCGGCUGUCUUGGGUUUAAUGCGACAUUUUAAUCGAAUUUCUUCUUGUGCUUUACCUCAUCGCUUGUCACAAAUCAGAUACUUGCAUAGUGAGCGCUUACUGCAUAAAUUUGGUACUUCUCGAUCACCUCUGAAGGCGCGUACAAUUCAACAAAAUUUUCAAAAAGGUAAGCGUGCACGUGGAAAAAUCAAGCUCAUCAUAUCCAGUGGUGCUUGAAUCUUAAUCUUUCUGCAUGUUAUUCUGAUGGUAACCUGUCAUCUCAGAAAAAUGUAUUUUUCACCAUAAUGCAUGAAUUUUAUAGGAGAAUACGCGGAGUUAUAUGAUUUGUUAGCAAUGUCUUUGUAGUGGUGUUCUUUUUGCGAUUAAUUCUCGCUCUAAAUAAAAAUGUACGAUCAUCAUGGCAUGCAUUAACAUGAACAAUUAACCGAUAAAGAAAUAGACCAUUAAACUAGGUAAAAUUAGUUAUGGCUAAAUUUUAUUUUGACGUGCAACAUAGUUAUUGGGGAUUAAGUAAGGGUGAUGUAGUGGUACGGUCAGAGAACUUGCCUUCUUCCACUCAUGGUGGCCUGGGUUCGAAUCUACAAUCUUCGAAUCUUUAAAUUGUGCUCUGAGUUUUCCCUCUACUCUAAAACCAACAUUUUGAAUUUUCAAAUUCCACUUUGGUCCAGAAAGGUACACACAGGUUGGAACCCUCUUAAUCGAUAUACUUCCACUAAACUGUUAUUUAUUUAUUUUUUUAUAUAAACACCAAUGAAAUACCAGGUGAGCUUUUGUGUGAAAACUUGAUAUCUUCACAUGUGAAAAUAACAUGUUAUCUUCACAUGUGAAAAUAUCACCGUUACUAUGGCUACAUAAUAAAUCGCACCUUUCAGACCAAAAAACUAUUAAAGUGAAAUGGUUUGGUAGUUCAUUGGUGUUUAUAUAAUAAAUAGAACAUCACAUGGCCGCUUGGAGAUACGAAAUUUCUCUUCAAACGUUGAAAAAUAUUUAGCGGGCAUGUAAUAUCCUCUAUAUUUAUUUUUCUUUUCUUUUUUUUCAGAAGAUGCAUAUUUACCUAUAUAUUUAUUCAUUAGAUAUUUUGCUUACUUAUACUUUUACAGCUCGUCAAGAUUUUGAAGCAAGAAGCUAUCCAAGAAUUUUUUGUAGGGCCUUAUCAGAUAAUUCAACUGAUAAGGAUCAUUUAUCCAAGGUAGUAAUGUAUUGAAGGUUGUCUCUCUCUAAAAGAAUAACAUUAAACUGUCCAAAUAUUUACUGUUAGGUUGACUACUUACUUUUAUUUUCUUGUGAUACUGAUAUCAUCUGGUAUGCAAUAAAAGACAUAUUUUAGGCUUUUACUUCCCUUGGAAAUACAGGAUACCUCUGCAUGUUUUUGUAGGCAAAAAAUGUAUCAACUAUUGAUGUGUUAACCCUUUAAACUCACAGGCAAAUACAUAAGAAUAACAUUGAAUGAAUUAUUAAAAGAUCAAAACAAUUUUCUUGACAAUCAUUUUAACAUUUCUCAUUUCCUUUAAUCUUAUUUGUGCAUUGCUCUUGUUAAAAGAAAGUAAUUUAUUGAUCUUCAUACCUGCCAACUCUCCCGGUUUUCCUAGGAGUGUCCAAGUUCUUCAUCAAAUCUCCCAAUCUCCCAGUUAGGGUCCAAAAUCUCCUGGGAAAUACCUACUGCAGCCUUUUUUCAAAAUCUGUUCAUUAAUUUCGCUAUUUUUGAGAUGUCAAAAACGAAAAUAAAUCAAGAAGUGGCGAGUUGGGCUCCCUCUAUAAAUAUUAUUAUUAUUAUUAUUAUUAGUGCUCUUAUUUGAGUUGUUCUUGAUCAGAAAAUGUAAAACAGAGCAAUCAAAUAAAUUAUUAUUGAUAUAUAUUUAACAAGUAUUGUAAUUGGUCAGAAAUCAACCAAUCAAAUUGCACAAUACAUGGUAGAAAGUUGGUGUGGUUUUUGCCCUCUGUUAUCGAUGUUGGGAACAUUCAGAAGGCCUCUGGGUGAUUUUUGGAGAGUAUUCAGACAUCAUUGAAAAUGACAUUCUUACAAUGCAAAGAUUUCUAGACAUCUCCAGAUUUUUGUACUCUGGGGGAGUUGGCAGGUAUGGAUGUUGGUCACUCCUGGAACUUAAAGAUUUUUAUAUUUCUGUGGUUCUCUUUAUGUGAGGAAAGGUGUUGCUAGAGUGGGGCUACUUUUCUCUUGUUUGCAUCCAUGGUCUUAAACUUUCCUGUUGGAUCUAUUUACCAUCUUAGGAUGAGGCUUUUGAAGAAGACGACACUGUGCAUGUUAUCACAGACAAGGAAAAAGUUGUGGGUAUGUUUAGUUUUUGAAAAACAUAUUGGUUUUCAGUUGUAUAUUAUUUUGUUUGUUGGUUACCUUUGGAAAUGUAAUAGUUUUUUUUUUUUAAUAAGAAGUAAGGAUAACCUUCAGUUACAUAAUUUAUUCAAAAAAUAGCAGUACUUUUGCAUUCCUUAGUUCAAAUGAUAUUAUAGAGUAGUGAGCAAUAAGUAGUCUGAAUGGGUGUUUGAGUUAGGGUAGUUAUUUCUGUUUAUCUGUCAAAAUGUAUUAUCUUGUUGUUAGAAUGCAUCUUACAUGAGAAGUUUUUGGUGAUGUUUUUUUAUGCCUUGCUAUUCUUUUAUGAAUAGUCUUCAAAGAAGAAAAAAACCUUUGUUUCUUUUUUCUUCAUGUUACCAUCAGGUGAAUCUCAAAAACAUGAAUUUCAGGCAGAAACAAGACAGCUGUUGGAUAUUGUAGCCAGAACGCUUUACUCAGAAAAAGAGGUACUGGUACUUACUAUGAUGAAUAAGGCUACACAUCAAUAUAUAUAAAUUAUUUCAAAAACUACGUAGUAAUAAAUGUUUGGGAAAAGAUAAGAAUGCAUGUAACCUUUAACUACUACUAGUAUGUCCUUUAAAUUGAGAUCAUUCUCACAUGUAAGUUUUGCACUCACAGUUAACAGACAGAUGUGCUGAUAAUUUUCUGGAAGAAUACAUUGGAUUUUUUCAGAAUCUGAGCUUUAUUCAGGGUUUUCCUUCACUCUCUUCAGUUGUCAGUUGUUCAGGUAAACAACUUGGCACAUGCUCUUCUAAGAAGGAAUCCUUCUGGAUUACAGCUGGUUUAUACUAAAGAAGCUUACAGAAAGCAGAAAAAGCUCUGCGUUGUUGUUGGACAUGCUAAGCACCUACAUGUGUCACCAAAACAAGACUAAAAAUAAUCUCCAUAAUUCUUAUCUCAGGUUUUCAUUCGUGAGGUGAUAUCUAAUGCAUCAGAUGCCCUAGAAAAACUACAGUACCAGUUCAUGACUGGAAAAGAUGUUGCAGAAAAUGAGCUUCCUCUUGAAAUUAACAUUGCCACAGAUCAGGAGAAAGGAACUCUGACAAUUAAGGAUCAUGGAAUAGGAAUGACUGAACAAGAGUUAGUUGAUAACUUAGGUACUAUCGCCAGGUCUGGCUCAAAAGCUUUCCUUGACGAACUUAGUAAACUAGGGAAAGGCGAUUCACGAGAAAAGAGCAUCAUUGGACAGUUUGGUGUAGGAUUCUAUUCCACGUUCAUGGUUGCUGAUAGAGUUGAUGUGUACACGCGUUCUUAUAUUCCUGGCAGCAAAGGUCUUCUGUGGACUUCAGAUGGGUAAGAGUUCUUAUUUUCAGUGUACUAGUAAUGACAAGUUUUUAACCUGCAAGUAAGCUUUCUUGGCAAAUUCUUGGCUCAGUUGGGAACAGCUGUAGGGCCAAGUGAGAAAUGAAGAAAACAAAAGAGGGCUUUCUCGCUGAGUAUUAUUGGUGGCCUGACAUGGAAGGGGGAAAGGUUGGUUUGGAAGAAAAGGAGUGGUUUUUCAGAAAAAAAGGAUAAAAAUUAAUGUAAGUAGAAAUUGCAUUGAGUUGAUUGCUGUUAUUUUUAUACAUUCUACAUCUAUGUUUUGUGUCUUAGCCCCAAUUCAUGAAUAAUUAGGGCUAGGAGACAAAGGAAAUAGAGAAUCAAUCUAGGUUUAAAAAUUUUCACCGGAAUUUAAAUUUGACCUCUAGCAUCUAAAGCUGCAGCUAUAGAAUCUACAUCUACUUAUACAGUUUUACUUGGCAAAGGUUAUCCAUGGCAGUAAGAUAUUCAUCUGAUUCUUAAAAACAUUUUUGUCUUAAGCUCUGGUUCAUAUGAGAUUGCUGAGGCAGAAAAUGUUUCUCGUGGAACAAAGAUUGUUAUACACCUGAAAGAAGACCACAGAAAUUUUUCUCUUAACACAGCAGUUGAAGGUCAGUUAUAUACUACAAUGCCUUCUGAUGUUUUAAAUGUAAUUUAUAGUAAUUAACAUGUGUUUCAGUUAAGCCUUUGGUGAAUAAAUUAGAACACUGCUGUUUCAGUUUGUGACACAGGAGACCAGAAAGAAAGCUGAUCGAGUUUUCUCAACAGGAGUCAAAUCUUUGAUUUUCUGGUUGCUAGUCCAGGUGCUCUACAACUGGGCUACAGGAGACUAACUUGUGUUUGUUGGUUCAUUUGUUGCAGAUACUAUUAAGAAAUACAGUAAUUUUGUGGGCUUCCCAAUUUACUUGGAUGGCAUGUGUAUAAACACAAUUCAGGUUGAUAUCAUAUAGUUGUAUGGCAGCUCUACUGACAUUUGUAGAAAAAUAUUCUUUCCCUGUGACGUAUUUUUUCCUAGAGUGCUUGUUUACUUUUUCUUACUGGCGGUAAUUUUCCUUUUUUUCAGCCAUUAUGGUUAUUGGAUCCUAAAAGCAUAACUCAAGAGGAACAUGAGGUCAGUUACGAUGUAACAUGUUACCAUAGAAACAUAUCAAAUUUUCACUUGAACUGAAUUUGUUUAAGCCUCUCAUUCAAAUCCUUUGGCUCUUUACAUCAGGUUUUUGAUAAGAAGAAACAAGAUUUGCCAGGGAUUCUAAACCUGAUAUGUUUCAAGAGUCACAUCUUCUUUCAUAGCCUUUAUGUCAAGGCCCAGUUGUUCCAAGGCUAAUUAGAGCCAACCUGGGGUUAAAUCUUAAUCUGGGUUUCGUUUUCUUUUGUUCAAGAGAAUGUUCUCCAAUAAUUUUCUCUAUUCCAUUUAGAGCAUCCUUAAAUCAAAUUAUAGACAAAUAGCAUUGAACUGAAUUUGCUUUUUAAGCUUUCAUAACUGAAUUCAAAUUUCACACUUAUCUGGGUUGAACAACCCGGCCCUGUACCAUGGCCACUGAACACAAAAUACGGGUAAUAUUGAAAGAAGAAGGCAAAAUACAACAGUUGAACACAACAACUUUACUAGUUUACACAAGGGGAAAGAUAAACGUUUGCUUUUAUGACUUUGAUCUGUCUUUCAUUCCAUUUUUUUCAAUAGGAAUUUUAUCAGUUCAUUGGCAAGACAUAUGACAAGCCAAGAUACAUUCUACACUACAAGACAGAUGCACCUUUGAAUAUUCGCAGUAUAUUUUACAUCCCAGAUACUCUUCCACAGUUGUUUACAGUGCAACACAUGGAACAUGGCGUGUCUCUUUACAGCAGGAAAGUUCUAAUCCAAUCCAAAGCUCACAAGGUUCUGCCAAACUGGCUUCGUUUUGUAAAAGGAGUUGUGGACAGUGAAGAUAUCCCACUAAAUCUAAGUCGAGAGCUGCUUCAAGAUAGUGCUCUAAUCAAGAAACUUAGUGACGUACUGUCAGCAAGAAUUAUCAAAUUUUUGCUGGAACAACAAAAGAAGGAUAGAGUUAAAUAUGAAAAGUUUUUUAAAGAUUGUGGAAUAUUCUUCCGUGAAGGGAUUGUUAGUGCUGAAAGUGAUGAGCAGAAACAGGAUAUAGCAAAGCUUCUUCUGUUUGAAUCAUCGAACGAGAAGUCUGGUGUGCUUACGUCACUACCAUCAUAUGUAUCAAGAAUGAAACCCGCACAGAAGAAUAUCUAUUAUUUGUGUGCUCCAAGGUAUAACUCUCUUUCUUGUGAGUUCAUUACCACGUCUCUAUUUUUGGAGUUAUUGCACAGUACUGUACUUCAAAAACAUCCAGGGCCGAAUAUAAAGCGUUUUCACUCAUGUGACCAUAACCAAAUUUAUUGCGAUAAAAGAAAGCAGUUAGGUAAAAAAGAGUUCAAUUCCCACACUACUAACCUGUGUACAGACCCCCCUCCCCUCAGUAAAAGUCGGAGAAUCCGAGUUUUACUGAGGGGAGGGGGGUCUGUACACAGGGUACACAGUACCGGUUUGGGACACCAGCAUAAAGGCGCUGCAUAUUGUUUUGGUACACCGACAUGUGAAAGGUUCUAUUGUACAACUUACAAAAGUCAAUGGUUUUGGGAAGUGAAUUAGAUUUUAUACCUAAGUGGUGAGACUGUAAGAUAUGCACCAGGAUAACUUAGUAGGUUUUUCUAAUCGGGGGAUGUCCUUUGUUAGAGUUUCUCAUUGCUCUCCCCAACAUUCCACACCUCGUUUUGACUCGUAAAAUUUUGAAAAAUAUUGGCCAGCGCCUUGCACUAAAUAUUUUAGGGCUAAAUCGGUCAAUCAUUUUUUUUCUCCCUCCCUCUUUCAGUCGCGAAGUGGCAGAAACAUCUCCUUACUACGAAGCUUUGAAGAAAGAUGAUGUAGAGGUUGGUUUGAAUAUGAGUCGAUACAAUAUUACAAUAAUUAUUACAAUUACUUAUUUUUGCCGAGAUCUGCGUAUGCAAGAUUUGUGUUUUGCUUACAUUGUAAGGCCUCUAAGCAAUACAUUGUUUAUUGUUACUCUAGGUUUUGUUCACGUAUAAUGAACAAGAUGACGUAACACUGCAUUAUUUAAAGACUUUUGACAAGAAGAAUAUCAUGGCUGCAGAGAAUUACUUCUCAGUUGACAGAGAACCUUCACCCACUGAACCAACGGACGAUACCACUCAAACACAAGACGCAUCAGGUGUGUAUCAUGUCUUGUAAAAGAAAUAGACUUAUAACCGUUUUUCUGUCGGGUUUUAAAUAGGUCACAUUUGUAUUAUGAGAACUGAUUUCAUUCCUCAACAGAAUCUCUGACGGAGGAACAAGCUACGGAAUUGGCCAACUGGAUCAGUAUUAUACUGGGGAAACAGAAAGUCUCAGCUGUUAAGGUUAGUGUUGAUAUGAUUAAGGAUGUAUGUAGCAGGGUGAAACCAUGGGAACACCCGGGUGGGAACAUGAAGCCUUACCAUCCCAUGGUCAUUAUCACUAAUGUGAAGGAACUUUGUGUAGUAAAAGAGAGCAUUAAAAACUGUUCUUUCUUACAUGUGUUGGAAAACAACAGAAUUAACAACAAAAUUAACCGAAGCAAUCGGGAUUUGAAGCGAAUCCGCAACACCAAGAAAUAAAUAAGUAUUCGAAGGUUUUUAAAGUCAGUUGCAAAGCUCAAAAAGGCAGAAAUAUUGCAAGCAAAGAGAAUUCUUAGAACACAGAUGAAUACGACUAUAACAUGAGCGCUCAUUGUCAACAUUUUGAUUUGAUAUGUUAGGUUUCCAAGCACUUAAGUCAGACAAGCCACCCAGUGAUGGUGACUGUACCAGACAUGGUGGCCGCUAAACACUGGCUUAAAGUCAUGAGAGCUGAGCAGUUCCAGGACAUUGACAAUGCAAAGUAUCAGAUAUUUCAACCUACGCUGGAAAUAAACCCAAGGUAUUUUCAUCAGCUAUGAUUUAUCUUGGGUAGUUGGUAGAGCUUUGUUUUUUUAUAUUAAGUACAAUGAAGUGAUUGUGGUUUUUUGCAUGCCUUGCUACCCAGAUGCUUUAGUUAAUGCUUGUCCACUAGGUAGCGUCUUCAUCUUGUCCGGUUGGAUACUGUCCUGUACGUUUAAACGUGCAGAAGAAAUUCAGCUUUCAUAUUCUUACGUUUAAUAGGUGACAAAAUUAUUUGUGUUUUUUAGUUGCUGCAGAGGAGGAACCUUUGUCCUUAUUUUGACAUUCGAGCAAAUCGUUGAUGUCGUGUUUCAAUAUUGUUCAUUUAGCGGCUUCUUUCCAGUCACUUAGCGACAUUACGACUUUAAAAAUAUUAAAUGGAGACCUCCCUGUCUAAGUAGCGCAUAAGCUUAGUAAGGACCAAAUAACAAUGUGGUGAUGUUUUCUAUUUCAGCCAUGAAUUAAUCAGAAAUUUAGAAGAGGUUCGGUCAGUCAAUACAGAUUUAGCUGUGCUGGUUGUUAAUCAGGUCAGUCUUACAGUAUUAAUGGUAAUACUCUUUUGAUUAGGGUGACUUCGGAGUUUGAUUACAAAUUGUUCGUGAAAAGCUCCAUGGUUUUUUUAACCUUUUCCUCAAAGAGAGCUAAAAGAACUAAACUCAGGGAAUGUGAGACGGCGGGCUAGGUCCAGUCUCGUGGCAGAAGGUUCGGACGCCCUCCCUGUGUGUGCUUUGCGCUUGGCUCGCAGAGGAGGAACCUUUCGUAGUCUUAUUAUUGCUGGCGGUCCGAGCACCCGCUUUUUGUCAGGGCGCGUGAAGUAAUUACGCACUAGAUAAUUUUAUGGAAAUGGCUUGCCGCAGAUGAUUUCUCGAUCGAACUUGAUUUUUGUUUGUGUGUUUGUUGUUGUUGUUUUUUUUUCGCCGAGCAAUAGAGAUAGAUCAUGUAUUACUAUUUCUAAAAAACGUGUUUUGCACAACAUAAAAUUUGGCACGUAAACGAGUAGGAAACUUAAAUUUUCCGUAGGGCUUAGGCACUAUGGUUUUAUCUUUCAAAGUGAUUAAAACUGACGACUAAUUUUAUUGUUUUUUUUUUUUUGCAGCUCUUUGAUAAUGCCAUGAUGUCUGCAGGACUGCUGUAUGACCCGCGUAGCAUGGUGGGAAGGCUGAAUACGCUUUUAACUAAAGCACUGGACUCUUCGAAACUUUAGCACUGGGAAGCACUGGGACGCAAUUUCUACGAGUAACGGGUUUUACCCACCUGCCUGAAAAGCUUUUUUUAAUGUCCUAUGCUUUGCCAAAACGUAGACGCUAUCUUGCUGUUUUGAUAUAACACAGAUCAAAUAAUUGUAGUUGGCCCUUGUCAUCCAGUCUGGUAAUAUUCAUUAUACUGAAAGUAGAUAUCUUCACUCAUCCUUGUCUCUUCAUGCGUUGUUUUGUAAAAAAAAUAAAAACAAUAGUGCUGGUUGAAAGUUAUGUCAAAAAGCCUUUAUUUGAAUGAUAACACUGUAUUGUGAAUAGUUUGAAGGAACCAUUACUGGAAACCAAGUCAUAAUAGGUGGAAUAUUAUUUUCUUUUUUAGCUAACAGUGAGAGACGUUUUGACAACCUUUGCGGAAGCCUUCAUACGAGGAACACUCACAUGAUUACGACUUUCUGUACUAGACUGUUCACAACCCUCAGUUUCUUAUUCGCUAAACGUGCGAGCUGAAACUUACAGUUUGCAUGACAAAGGAUGCGAACAGUCUCCUACUGCACUGGUUGUCACAACAUCAUUCAGUGUUACCAUCAUCCUAGUCCUAUUUACAUGUGAGGAAAUUCCAUGUAAAAGAACGACAAGCCCCCUUUUUUUCCCACCGAACAAAACGCGAUAGGCUAAGUGCGUAAAUGUGUCUAAAACAAAGGCAGAUACCCAGCACCGACAUUUUCUUGAUAGGGUUCAAUUCGCGGAAGGAAUCGGUUUUUUGUAAUGAACUGGUACUACAGACCAGUCAAAGCGGGAAAUCUGUUCAAAUGCAAAUAUAUUAAAUGACAUUUAUCGCAUUAGCCUCGCAAGUUCACUACCGA